AUGCUGGCUCCGUCAGCUGAGGAAGCAACCGAGUAUUUGCAAUGGUCGGUGUCCGCUCUCAAGAAGCAUUUGCAAGCCCAAGGGGUUGUCACAACAGGAUCCAAAUCCAAUCUGGUGGAUCGCUUGCUGGCGCUGUCUGAGCCGCUCAGCCCAUUGUCGCCUGUGAAAAAGCCGAAGGAGACACUUGGAAACCAGACCGGCAACGGAGUGCAGUGCAAAGGCAGUGAAGCCUGCAAAGCCCGCUUCGCCGGCCAAGACCAAGCCUGCAACAAAGCUUGGCCAAAGCUGCUGACGACCUUGGAGAUCUUCACUCUCCUGUGGCAACGUCCAGACCUUUGCAUCGCACCUGUGCAGUCUUUGCAAAUUCAGUUGAGCUUUGUUGGGACCUGGUCCUUGCUUGCUGAAGGCUUUGCCCAAGACAGCAGCCCACAAGCUCAGAGCCUUGGCAAGGCCUUGAAGCCCAGCAGCUUAUCUGUGCAGCAGCGCUUAGCGAUUCGUCUUUACACGGCAGAGGAAACUGCACAAAGAUUCUUUUCUGAAUCGGUUUCGGUAGAGUUAGAAGAUGCUGAACCUUGGGGCAGAACACACCGAAGGCUCUUAAAUGCUUUGAAGGAGCCUUUGCCGCUGUACAAAACCCUCAACGCACCCUUUCACGAUGCCAAGCGGAGCCCGACCACAAUUGCCAACCAGGCACCAUUUCUCAAAGUGAUGGCGCAGGCUGUGAGAGCAUUGGCAAAAGCCGGGAAAGCUUUCAGCUACACCGGACCUGCCUAUCGCGGCAUCAAAGUAGCAAAGAGUCCUUUGCUGAAACGGAAGUAUGAGAGCUGCCCUCAAGUGCGCUGUGUGGAUAACACUUCAGGAUCAAAUCACCUCCGCAUUGCGGAGCUCAGCGCAAUUCCUUCAGAGCUGGAGAUCCUGGUGGAGCCGCCCGCAGUGUUCAAGGUAUUUCAGCCUUCAUACCCAGCCGUCCUGAAAGUAACAGUUGACGGCAAGUUGGAUUGCUCCGUCAAAGUUCAGGUCGUGGGAGGCAAGGCAGAGGGCAAUGGGCUACCACAAAUUUGCGUUGCUGGCAAGCAGUCUACUGCAACCUAUCUGUCAUCUUCGGCUACCCGUGGGCCUAUGACCAAAGGGUCCUUGAUAAUCGAGGGGUUCGAUGCAGUGCCCUUCUGCGUGGCGCACAAUGACCAGGGAACAACUUACGUCCAAGGCAAAGGCAAAUGGAGAUGCACAUCAUUGAGCGCUCCCAGGUGGAACUGGCGUGAACAAGCACCCAAGCCAACAGAAGGCAGAGCGGCUGAUCUUCAGGUGAUUGCAUCUAAGUCUGUCGACAAUGUCCCUCAGCUCAAGGUGUGCGUAAGAGAUGCCACUGAAAUGGAGCUCAAGCGUUGUUUGCAGGGCCAAGCAUUGCGCGAUGCGCAGGAGGCGGGGGACUAUGACAUGCUUCUGGCCCAGGUGACCAAGGCAAAGCAAGCUGGAGUUGAUCGGGAGCAGAUCGAGGAAGCUGAAGAUAGACUGAAUGGACUGCGAAAGCUGGGGAAGCAUGUCAACUGUGGUUGUGACAAGGAGAACCCAUUGCCGCAUUCCGUGUUUAAAUGCGUCCAAUUAAUUAGUGUGACGCCUUCACGUAUGUCAGGAGAGUUUGAGGUUGAUGAUGCAGUGGGACAAGGCUGGGUGUCCUUACUCCAGUUGGCCACUGAUAACUGGUUUGAACUCCGCCUAUCUUGGCAUUUGAGGUCCUGGAUGGUGUAG